AUGGCAGGAAGCCUGGAGAAGCAUGGACGGUUGACGCUGGUUCAGACGGUGGAGAGGCAGCUAAUGCAGGCGCUGUGGGAUUUCGAGGACUGCCAGGGCGCUGCUGGUGCAUGCUCACUGAGCAGUCACCGCCGAACCAUCGUGACCCCCGAGCAUCAGGAUGACAUGGUGAGCUGUCACUCUGCACGGUUGCUUCCUCCAGGCGGUGGAAACACAGGCGACAUGCACGACAUAUGCUCAUGCACUGUGCACUGGCAUCACUACUCAGUCAUGUUCCCGACGCCCUUGAGGGUUAACACUCCAUGGUUCAUGGUUUAUGGUUCGCCGGAGAGCUUGGAGCAGCGUCCAGCGACCGCAUCCAGACAGUGGGAAAGACCGCGAGACACAGGCCUACUGGCGCUUCCAGUGCUCGUGGUUAGUCAAAUGCGUGGGAGUUGGGCUAGUAACUGGCACAACGAUGCCCAAGGCACACGUGCUGAUGCACCGGCAAGUUUCGUUAUCCUUCUGCAUGGACAGUGCAGUGCAGUCGAGCCACUGCAUUCACAGACGGAUCCUGCUUCUGCCAGUCAUCACAUCACGCAUGGACACUGGACCACGCCGCCCAUUCCAGACACCCAUCACCCACGAUCCCAGCGCCAAAGCACAGCGUAUCCACGGCCAAGGAUCGCGAUAGCAAACACCAACCCGGUCCAGGGGAGGACACUGCCCUCUCUUCGUAACGGUACUCCUACGGGCGUAUCGCUCUCGUCUCGACGCACUGCCAUAUCUCGCUUGCAAAUUCAGUUCCUCCAGACUCCACUCCUGCACGCGUUAUUGGGGAGCCACGCCCGCGGAUUACUGAAGGCGGGUACUGGCGGUGGAACAACGGCGCCGCUUGCCCAUGCUUUGGUUGAGCACUGUCAUCGGCAUGCUGGUGAUGGGAAGGGCAGCCUGGAGGACAAGGGAUGCCACGUAGCUGUCGGCACAAGGAUGGGCACACGUACCUGUGUGAGCGCAAAUGCAGCAGAGGCGCUUGAGGGAAUCAUGACUCUGCCAGCAAGCGAUCUUCCCCAGGCACGAGAGAUUUGCACUCGCGUGGAUUUGGAGAAAAUUUUCGAGCUGAGUCGCGAGACCGUCAUGUGCAUGCCAAUAGUCGAAGAAGCUCCUCCUACACCAGUCAUGGCUUGA